AUGGGAAUAACAAAGCAGAAAUUUGGAAAUGAGCGCGAAAUGUCAAUAUAUGAAUUGUUUCAUUAUUCGUUUUUUCCGGGUCUUUUCGUUGCAUUCACUUACAACAAGAAACAACCACCAGUGUUUGGUGCAGCACCUGCAUUUUUUUGUAUUCUUCUUUCUUUCCUUGGUCUUUCGUUCCGUCAUAUUCCUAAUAACUUAUCCAAUUACAACGUAUUAACCGCUAAUUCACCUUUCUUUUAUCAAAUCUCAGGGACAUGGUCUAAUCAUGAGGGUAGUAUUUUAUCAUGGUGUCGGAUCCUAAGUUUUUAUGGAUUCCUUCUUUGUUACCGGGGUCGACCCCAAAGCCAUAAUGUCUCAAAACGAGGAGGCCAUAGAGAAACUUUUUUUUAUUCCUUUGUUUCGAACUUCGUGAAGAACUCUAUUCUAUCUCUCCCUCGUUACGAACAAAAAAGUGGGGCUGCGCCCCAGUUAUACACUCCCUUCGUUCUACGAACCCUUGUUGAUUCUGAACUUCGUUCGCGAAGGAACCGGACUUUUGACGGGCCAGCCGCGCCGCUUUACCCUGAAAGGAAAAUGAGCUUUGCUCCUCUGGGCGCUAGGCGCUCCCGUGAUUCGCGAGAAGGAAAAAUAACUCAUUCUUUAUAUAUUACAGAUUCAUACUUUAAGGAACACAAUAGCUUGACAGAUUCAAAAUUUGAAGAUUACAUUGCUCAAGGAAUUGCUUAUGGAUCAUGUGAGUUGUUGGAAGAACUCAAAGUUGGGACGAAUAUUAUAUCUGUGCAUCAAAAACUGAUUGGUGAAGGUUCACAUCGUCAUCUAUCAUUAUCAAUCAGGUUGGAGAGUUUGCUUGAGUCCAAGUCUGGAUCUCAAGAAUUUUGUGAGGCUAUAAUCAUUGAAAGACUACCUUCUGGAGUCUUUGCAGAUUUGUUUGAGCUGCAACAUUUGGUGCAGCGCGGUGUAUUCACUGAAGCCGGUGUAUUUGGAGACACAAAUUUAGAAUUGCCUUCAUUUCGGUCAAAUCGGUCACUGAUUGAGGUUCACUUGGAUAUUGGCUCUAAAUUAUCGCCAAGGCACAAAGAUGAAGUAGAAUUUAAAAUUGAGCUUCCACUACACGCACGUUAUCAGGUACUUCAUCUGAAAAGGGUUUCUCAUCCCAUGGUUGUAGUAUAUGUCUCUAGGGAGGAUGUUAUUCGUGGAUUUGGGAGGUGGGUGUUGUAA